CGCACGCACGGAGACUUUCCCGUGGCUGGAGACUGCAGGCGAGAGAGCUCGGUCACGCCGUCCUCUGCCUCGGGGAGCCCAAGUUGGCUCCCAGUCCAGUCUCUGCCACCGGCCCUGAGACAGGGGUGUAGGUUGCUCUGAACACUGGAAAUGCGAAGCUCCAUGCUGUGCGAGAACGUUCUGUCAGCCUUCCGAGGAGCUGAGGAGCCGUGGGGGCCCAGGAGCCCUGCCUGAGCUGCCAAGUAGCCCAGUUCCUCCCUCUCAAGCCUAACUUCCAUCUUCUCUUUCCCUGUCUCCGUGUUUGUCCCUCUCGCUGUCUGUCUGGCUCUCUCCCUCCCCGCCUGGGGCUGCAGAACCGCAUGCACGAGUCUCUCAUGCUCUUCGACUCCAUCUGUAACAACAAGUUCUUCAUCGAUACCUCCAUCAUUCUCUUCCUCAACAAGAAAGAUCUCUUUGGUGAGAAGAUCAAGAAGUCACCUCUGACCAUCUGCUUUCCUGAGUACACAGGCCCCAACACCUAUGAAGAUGCCGCCGCCUACAUCCAAGCACAAUUUGAAAGCAAAAACCGCUCACCCAACAAAGAAAUUUAUUGUCACAUGACUUGUGCCACAGACACGAAUAAUAUCCAGGUGGUAUUCGACGCCGUCACUGACAUCAUCAUUGCCAACAACCUCCGGGGCUGCGGCUUGUACUGACCUCUUGUCCUGUAUAGCAACCUAUUUGACUGCUUCACGGACUCUUUGCUGUUGACGUUGAUCUCCCGGUAGCAUGACCUUUUGGCCUUUGUAAGACACACAGCCUUUCUGUAUCAAGCCCCUGUCUAACCUACAACCCAGAGUGACUGACGGCUG